GUUUUGGUCACAACAAAAUUUUGUAAAAUACCUAACGUUUCUAAUGCCUGCAAAGAGUUAUCUAGCCUAGUAUUAAGAGGACUGGUGAACCGUUAUUUAGCGUCCUGAAUCAGUAACCGUGAAGUGAAAACUAUUAGCGAAAUGAAUCAACGAAGAUCGAUGGAGACUUACUUCGAGGUUAGUCUUACAAUUUUAUCGCUACCUUAGAAUUUUGAGACUUCUCUAGAGAAAACCAGAGCUCUAGGCAGUUUGCAAGAAAAAGAUCUCAUUUUGGCAGACAGAGGUAUGAUUUUCUCCCGAAAGCUUGUGGAAUCUAAAGAAUCAUAGAUCCAAUCGCGCAAAGUUACGGCAUUUUAGUCUCCAGACCUGACGUAUGCAUACUUUCCUCGCCACAAACGUAAGUUUGUAGAUUUGUGCCGUGAAAGUUACGCAAAAUAAAACUCUCUCAUUUGGCGUGUCUGCAAUUAAAAACGCUUUUUCUAGCAGUACUUUUGAUCAGAUCGAUUAAAAAACGAAAUCAGUUUUCUACAUACUUCGAUCCGUUUACUCAGCAAGCACUGCAAAAAACACGGACCUAUUAUUAAAAAUGACUAAUAUAUGAAUGAAUUAUGAAUUUGGCCUAACAAAUGCCUUGGAAACUCGAACAUUUCUUCUAUCUACCAGAAAGUGGGGAGAUGGUGAGCUUAUAAUGAAUUAGCAUUCCUGCUUAAGAAAGAAAAAAUUCACAACUGUUGAAGUCGCUUCCUAUCAAAGGUGUCUGGCCCUAAUUUAUUACCGUUACAAAUGUGUUAAUAUAUUCAUUAUUUGAAUUAAGUCAUCCUUCACUGCUGGACAGCAGAAACAUAAUUUGCCCUUGAAAUACCUGUUAAAUUCUCAAAAUAUGCACCUGUCGUAUUUCCCUUGAAGUGCCUGGUGGACUCAAAGUAUACCUGUCCCACCCUUGGGAGAAAAUUCAGAUAAGUAAUAACAGGAUUUCAAUUGCAAUUUGGUGUUAAUAAGCAAGAGUAAAUUUUUCAAAGACAACAAAAUUGCAUGAACUUGUAGGGCCAGUGCAAUUUGUAGUCUUUGAGAAAUUUACAACUGCUUAUUACACCAAAUUGCACAAAAAAUCAUGUUACUUGUUAGUAAUUUACAUGAAAAAAGCAUCACAGAAAGUAAAGGCAGACAAAACUUUGACAGCAGGCAUGCUAUCUGUUAGUUGCACCUGUGUUGAAAAAUGCACUUGUUUUCAGCCAAUCAGAUGUGCAUAAUUAUUUCAUUAUAUUAUUAAUUAGAAAAUAUUCUUAUAUGUUGAAUGACUCUCACACAAUGAGCCUUCCUGUCUAUAAAGCCUUACUCUCUCUCUUUCUCUCUCUUUCUCUCUCUCUCUCUGGUGUCUAAAAGCUUCCUCUCUGAUAAGUCUUCCUCCAUCUCCCUCCCUCCCUCAAACGAAAAAAAAAAUAGAAGUUUAAUUAUUGUUAUUUUGGGUGGUAUUUGAAAUUCUCUAUCAUUGGUUUUCAACAAAAGAAAUGAACAUUAUUUAUUAUGAUACUCAUAAAAUCUGAGCCACAAUUUAAUUAGGAAAAAGAGAUAAAUUACUGGGAUAAUUAAUAUCUAAUUGUUAAUUCUCCGCUCUAGAUUGUAAGCAUUUCCUUUCAAUUAGUUACAAGAAUUUGGUAUUCAAUCAAGAUAAAAAAUUACUAAGGCCCUAAAGGUGCUUAUAAAGGCAACUAUGGUUGCUACCUCGGCAUAAUUUAACCCAAUACCAAUAUUCUGUACACUAAAAUAUAAAAAUUUUUCAGAAUGGGAACAACAAGCAGGAAGAGACAUCAAUGCAAGAUACUUUUCAAAACAGCAAGCAGUCAACUGAGGAUGACACUAAAGGGAAAGGAGUAGAUUCACAGACUGGUGAUAUUUCAAAUAGCUGUAUAAAAGUAUUAACAUCAAGCAGGGCUACCAAUGCUGUUGCCUUCCACAUUCCCACAGGGCAACCAGUUUGUAGGCCACCACCAAAACGUUUUUGUGACCAAACUACAGAAAGAGAAAACAUAAGCCUUGAGAGACUCACAGAGAAACAAAUAAUGGCUGAAAGACGGAAGCAAGUGAGUUGAUUAAAUUGAAACAUUCCUAUGGUAUAAAAAGAGUUGGAUUCAGUAGAUUCAUUGCUUUAAUCUAAAACUUUUGGAUGUGGAAAUUCAUUAAUUCAAGGUUUAAUUCAAAUCCCACAAAUUUAUAAUAAAAUUGUAAUCAUAAUAAUAGUUCUUAGGAUGCUUUUGACAAGUUUCCAUGCAUUUCAAUUGAAAAAAUUCAGUUCCCUUCAGGAACUGGCCAGUGGCCUGACAAAUGACCUUGUCUUUCAGGAAAAAUCAUUUCUUGCUCUAUCUGUAAAAAGAAGAUCUAAUUUCUCAUAUUGAUAUGUGGAACAAUUUAGAUUGAAAAAUUUGAUUUUUUUUACCUUUUAAAUCACUAAAUUAGGUAGUUUGAAAGACAAAUAAACACUUUGUCUUCACAUUUUAUUUAUCUUCACAGCAACAAGUGGAACAGAGACUGAAAAGAAUCCAUGAUCGACAAGAAGCUGCUCGAAAGCUUGCACACAAUGUUGAACUCCUCCUACAACAAAAGUCUCUCAUAAGUGCUGGGAGAGGCACCAGUCAUGAGACACCCAAAAUGACGUCUUCUGAACUUCUUGCUACAGCUCGUCAUGUUGCAAAAGAUUUUAGAACUUUGACAUGUCAAACGACAAAAGAUCUUGCUGUAGAUGACAAAAACAACAACUUGUCAAAAGGACUCCCACCUAAAGUCAAACCCAAAAAUCAGAAGGAAAAACAUACAAGCUUGAAAAAAUCAUCUGUUCAUGACAACAGGAGCAUUGCAUUUACUGUUGGAUUUGAUGAAGAAAAGCAGCCUCUAUCUCCAGUGCCCAAAGCUUUACAGAAGACAUGUGCGAAGGACAGAAGUAAACUCACUGCUCAAGAACUAGACGAAAAACAGAGAAAGGCUAUGGAAAGACGAAAAGUAAGUGAAUGCAAUUAACCAAUUAACUCCUGAGAUGUUAUUGUUAAUUUCCCCUUUCGCUGCUAAACUUUUCUUUGUAAAUUAUUUACAAGAACUUGGUGUUAAAUCAAGAUAACAAUUUCUACCUGCUGAGUUUCUGUAUUUAAAUCACAAUUUACAUGUAAAUCAAUUCUGGGAGUAAAGGGUUGCAGGAAUUUUUAGAAAGCAUACCAAAGAAAAUUGGCCCUACUAUACCCAACAAAUGACUCAAAAUAUUGCGUAGGAGUUAACACCUAAAACCUUUGCACAAGCUAAAAGAUGUCUUACCUUUGAAAAUCAAAUCUUGAAAUUGGUUUUGUUUACUUCUAGAAAAGACAAGAGGAAAGAGUUAAGAGGGUUGUGGCAAACCGUGAAGCACUGUUCAAGUUGGCCACUGACCUGGAGACAUUCAUGAUAUGGAAUGAUGCUGAAAGAAAUGAAUUGAGAACGCGUAAUGAAGGAGAACAAACACAUGAGGCUGCUCAAUUAGCAAGUGAAAUUGCUGAUAGCUUUGAUAGAUUGAGUCAAAGGUAUUCAAGAGAUCUGAAGCAGGCUGAGGGUUUUCCAAGUGGUUUGUGGGGAAUUAAGCAAUACUAA